AUGCCAGCUACAACAUCAUCAUCAUUAUCAAACUCAACAUUAUCUUCUCCCAAUGAUCCAUCCACACCCAGCAUCACCAUUUCUGCUGAUCCUACACAAUCUACAUCUCCUCCUGAAGGUUCACUGCCCUCCACCAAAAUACCUGCAGUGGGUUCAUCAAUCCCACGUCAACGGAGCUUUUUGGCUGCAGCCCAAAAGGUGAUGAUGCAGGAGAAAAUAAGAAAGGCUGAGGAAGAGACCAAGGCUGAAGAAUGUGAUGAUAUGGAUGAAGAUCUGCCUUUUGAGGAGCUCCUGGAGAAAGCUGAGGCUGGAGACCCUAGAGCACAGAGUAGA